GUGUCUGAUUACUAUAGCAACCUCAGUUUGGUGGAAAAUGGCGGUGUUUUUGUAGUAAAAUUUUGAAGUUCUUUUUUCCAGAGUAAAAAGCUACUAACUUGCUUUGAAAACUGCCUAGCUACUGCCAGAAUUAUGGGGAAAAAGAAAGCUAAAGAACCAGAAACUCCAGCAAAAGAUGAGUUUGAUCCACUGGAACUUGUCAGCAAGAAGCCUCAUACAGUUGUGUUGAUGUUAGACUCUCCAGAAGAACAUGUCCUUCAAUCAGCUUGUGAAGCACUGUACAAGUUCUCAGAGAAGUGUGAUGAGAACAGACAGGAGCUGUUGAAUCUUGGAGCCCUGGAACCUCUUUUAAAGCAGGUUUUAUCUGAAGAUAAGGUUGUCAGAAGAAAUGCCACCAUGUGUCUUGGUACCAUGGCACAGAAUGCAAAUGUUAAAAAAGAACUCCGAAAGCUGUCCAGCAUUCAGCCACUAGUCACAUUACUAGGACCUGAUGAGGAUGUUUUGUGUCAUGAAUUUGCAAGUUUAGCACUUUCAUCCAUGGCAGCUGAGUUUUCUUGCAAAGUGGAGAUCUUUGAACAAGGAGGCCUUGAGCCCAUUAUAAAGCUUCUAUCAUCCACUGACUGUGAUGUGCAGAAAAACUCUGUUGAAGCCAUUUCUCUGUUAGUUCAGGAUUAUCACAGUAGAUCAGCAAUUAGAGAAUUUAAUGGGUUGCAGCCACUUCUAGCAUUAUUAGAUUCCGAGUAUGCUAUUAUUCAACAACUUACAUUGGACAGUUUGAUACAGAUUACUCUUGAUGCCGACAAUCGAGGAGCUUUGCGUGAAUUGGAGGGGCUUGAAAAACUUGUUGAUUUUGUUGGAAACAAGGAAUAUGAAGAUUUACAUGUGCAAGCCUUGCAGGUCUUGUCUAAUUGUCUGCAGGAUGUGGAGAGCAUGCAGCUUAUACAAACAUCUGGGGGAUUACAGAAACUUCUUGCAUUUGCUGCCGAGUCUAAUAUUGCAGAGGUCCAACAACAUGCGGCCAAAGCGAUUGCCCUGGCAGCUAAAAACGGUGAAAACAGAAAAAUAUUUCAUGAGCAAGAAUGCGAGAAAACAUUGAUAACUCUCUUAGCAUCCGAGAAUCCUGGUGUCCAGUCCUCAGCAUCUUUAGCCCUGGCUGUUAUGUCCGAGAACCUGAGUAGCAGAGACGUGGUUGGAAAACUGGAGGGUAUUCCGCCAUUAAUUAAUCUUCUUGGUAGCGACAACCCUGACGUGAGAGAAGGAGCAACCCUGGCACUAGCAAACAUUACGACUUCGAACGACACAAACUGCGGUGAAGUAGUAGACAAAGCUGGUGUUGAUUCGCUGAUCGCGCUCUUGAAUGAUGUCAAACCGCUGGUUCAAGCCAAUGCUGCGGUGUGUCUCACUAACCUGGCUACAGAAGAGUCUUGGAGAUCGGAAAUACAGCAAAAAGGGAUUGUUCCCGCCCUUGUACAAGCUCUCCAAUCCAAUGCCUCUGUUGUACAGAGUAAAGCUGGAAUAGCGGUCGCGGCUUUUGUUUGUGAUGCAGAGUCAAGAAACGAGUUUCGAACAGAAGGCGGUCUCCCGCGUUUAGUGGAGUUACUUCGCUCAGGCAAUGGUGACGUGCGGAGGAGCGUAGCCUGGGCCGUGUUACAGUGUGGCAACGAUCUACCGACCGCCACCGAGAUUUGUAGACUGGGCGGUUUAGAUAUUCUUGGAGAGAUUUCCUUGUCUAAUUCUCGUCAGUCUGGCUUCGCAAAAGCUGCUAUGGAAUGCCUUCUAGAUAGUAACUUACCUGCUAAGUAUGCUAUGACAGGCUCACUGAGUUCUAACAACAUCAUUCAGGAUGGCUUUUAUGACUGUGGACCGAUGCGGCCUGAUAGCAAGUUCCUGACGCUUGAGGAACUUAGUCCCCUGCCUACAGACGCACAUCGACCCAUUAUCCUUUUAAACUCCAAGAACGCGGACAGGAAAACCCCUUCUCCUGUCCUACUUGUUCCCAAGGAGCCAGAGAAAAGCACGGAGAGAUUAGGAAAGGGAACCAAAUCACACAAAGACUUGAGAAGCAAAAGUAAGAUCAUGCGUGAACGAGAAGAGCAGAAACAAAGGGAAGAAGAGGCCGCUUUAUCCGAGGUCUCAACCACGCAACAAGAUGUGGUGCCUACUUGGCAGCCCCCGACGGAUGAGGUACUUCAAGGCUACAUCGAGGAGGUACGGAGCAAUAUCCAGCCACUUGCUACGACCAGCCAACAAGUAGAGGCUCUUGCAAGUUUUGUCAGUGAUAAGAUGGGUGGAGCUGUCGACAGGGAGUCGCUGUCCACGUUCAGCUAUGAAUUACCAAUCGGUCAACUGAAGUGUGAGCUCAACUCCAAUAUCAUCCCCAUCGGCAAGAUUCAAACUGGGAUCUUUUAUCACAGGGCGCUACUUUUCAAGGCUCUAGCUGAUCGCAUUGCAGUAAGCUGCUCGUUGGUUCGAGGAGAGUAUAACAGGGCCUGGAACGAGGUGAUGCUUUGUGAAGAAGCCAAAGACGGUCAGUCCAGGUUUCCUCCUAAACGUUACAUCGUGGAUCUGAUGCACAUACCAGGCCGACUCAUGAGCGCGGACUCGCCUGAGGCUUCGUUGUAUCAAAGGCUUUAGCAUAGACUCACGAGCAUUGAUUAACGUCAUGGACGUUUUUUUUAGUUGACUUCAGAAUUUGUCUGUUUUGUCUUCGCGUUUUCAAAAUUCUUGUUUGGCUCGAAGAUUCGUGGAAUGUUCUUUAACCAAUCAGAGGGCAGAUGACGUGUUCUCGACCAAUCAAGUUACAAGGCAAAAUUCAAAGUGCGCGUGUUUUCCCGCGCUUCUAUCCAAAUACGAAAGUUCAAUGUCGUUCACGUUAAAAUGGUCCGUUGUAUAAAAUAUACAAGCCCUGAGUUCUUGGCGCAUUGAGUGUCGUAGUUAAUAUCGCCGAGCUUAUCACUCGCUCGUAAGUACUUAUAGAAAACAUUUUGAUCUCGAUGUAUAUAAUGUAAAAUAAAAUUCGAUUUUUUUUUCA